CCAAUGGCUAUAUCGUUUUAAUGUCAGACUUGACAAGGUUGACUUAGCUACGGAGUGGAGCUCGUGCUGGUAGUCUUCUGAGGCUGUACUUGGGUGAUAUGCAGGUUGACAUGAUGGCAUGUCUUAGUCUAAGACCGACUACCUUCGUAUGAUCCUGGAACUUGCCUUCUCUCAAUGGAGUUGAAUGAGUUGAACGAGUUUGAUGGGCACCAGAUCAAGUAUUUAAACCACGAGUUUGCCGCACAAUCGUGAUUCUAAUCAUCCACCAGACACACUCUUUCAGUCCACCAUCCUCACUUUCUUCACUUUUUCAAUCCAUCAAUCAAGUCAUUCACUAUGCAAUUCUCUACUCUCUUUCUUGCGGGAUCUUCCCUCGCUUUGGCUUCUGCUGCCGCUAUCGAUACCCGAACCGCCUCAAACCUUGAAGUCAAACGCGACUGCCUAGUCAACUCAGCCCAGGCCGGUGUCUGGCACGAAUGGGGACUUUCCCGCUACCGCACAAAGUUCUCGGGUGCCAACACUGAUAUCGGUGCCUACUGCGGCUACUGGAAGGAUGUAGACCUUUGCGGAGGUGCAUCCAACGUCCAGUGCUGGCAGGAUGGCACCCAGGGCUGGAUCGUCGAUGCCAGCUUCGUGUUGGGUGCCGGUGGCGAUGCUCAAUACUCCGGCUGCUUGUCCAACACCCGCAACAAGUGGGUUACUCAGAGCGGCUGCCGCACUGGUUAA